AUGUUUUAUGAAGAUUAUGGAAAAGAUGUUUAUAUCUUUAAGGAGCAAACCCUCGAAGAAGUCUGCAAUAAUAUUGAGUUUACAACACUAUAGGAAUUCAAACUGUUGACAAGCUUUGAGAAGAUCUACUAAUAGAAGGCUCUGUAUCAAUACAUCAAAUCUUUGAAAAAUGAUUACUUGAAGAAUAACUGCAUCAAAGAAUUGGCUAACUCCCUCAUUGAAAAUUGUGAUGAACAACUACUUAUUCAAGUCUAUGAUGACAUUCUUGAUACUCCUCUCAAUGAUUUACCUUUAUAAUUAUUAAGUAAAAGCUCUUAUGUUGCACCACCUGAUAUACCUGAAGCAUUCCUAUAGGAGUUUCCUCAUCAAGUAAAUAACAAGUAUGCAUGGAUUGACAAAGGAGAUCAGAUGCAAUAUGGAUUGGAAAAGCCAUGCAUUUUAAUUUAUACGAACGUCAUAUUAGGAAUGUAGAAGACAUUCAAUAAAACUGAUCUCAAGUGUUAGGCUGAUCUAGUGUAUUAUAAUAAUCAAUUAUAUCAUAAUCAAACAGUCUAUUUUGAAUAGAAGGGAAUUCGAAUAAUGGGACAAUAAUUUAGCAAACUUGAAAAAAUCUACGUAUUUUAAAAAAGCACUAAUAUUGACAACACAAAAACCAAAUUAUGCAAGAAAUUAUCAAAAAAAGGAUUGAUUCACUCCCUAUUGAUAUAAUUAGCUUAGGAGAAAUUUGAUAAUAAGUCAACUGUCAAUAUGUUAUUGUACGAGUGUUUGUUAUUUGAGAGUUAAGAUUGGUGUUAAAGAAUUAUAAGUUAGGAUUGGCUCACUAAUGUGAUUAGCUUGAGUCUAGAAGACCCUAAGGACACAUCGAUAUUCCAUUAAGUGGUUUAUGAGAAUCUAUUGCAAGUGAACCUUAAUAAUUACACUGAAUAAUAAACUGAUUAGUUGCUAUUGAGAUUGCAUCAAUACUAUGAAGCUAAUUCAUUAGAUUUGAAAUAAAAGAAAGUGGAAAAGUAGCCACCAAAGAAAGUUGAAGAACCAGUUAAAGCAGCUCCAUAAGCAAGUUCGAAUAAUAAACAGAAGGGGUCUAAACCUAAGGGUAUUGGUUAUGGAGAUAUCAAUUAUUCCUCAACCUAUCAAACUUAAUAGAAAAAGAAAGAAGUCCAGAUUUUGGAUUCUGAUUUGAUUUAUUAAUAAGCUGAAGGGUAUAGAUGGAAGAUAUUGACUGAAAUUUUUAAGAAAUUAAGAAACCUAAAUCUAGAUUACAUUCUUAUGGUAGAAGAUUCAUGUCUCAUACCAGUUAUCAAGAGUAUAUUAUCAUCCUUAAGCAAGAGUCAAACAAUAACAGAGAAAUUUGAAGUCAUUCAGAUAGUCUUUGAAUUAUUAAAAAAGUUUUUAACUGAAGAAACCAUGCAUCUCUUCACUUGUAAAGAUUAUGGGGAUGUCUCAUUGUUUGAAGUUAUACAAAAAGUUAAUAAUGAGUCAGCAUUUAUUCAAAGCAAAGAGGAUCCAGAAUUGAAUUAGAAAAUAAUUAAGGGUAUUUCAAAUCAAGAUACACAAUUAAGUGAAGUUUUGAAGGACCUUCAAGAGUUCUUCAAUCAAUUAGUUAUUGUUUUAGAAAAGAACAAAUAUAUUGAUGUAAAAUUCGAAGAGACUGAAUCUUAGUAAAUAUAGGAUCCUGCUUAUCUCUAUCCUAUGAUAAUGAAGCCCUUAGUGCUGAAAACAAGUGAAGUAAUCAAACAACCAGGAUGGAAAAAGCAAUUGGAAGAGGCUUAUUCUCAUUUGUCUUCAUCCCCUCCAAAUAAGAAGAUGAAUAGAAUCAUAAAGGAGUUGUCAGAUAUUGGUGAGAACUUGCCACUUUAAUUGACAAAUUCCAUAUUCUUAAGAUACGAUAAAGACAGAAUGGAUGCUAUGCAAGCUAUGAUAUUUGGUUCAAGUGGAACCCCGUAUGCUCAUGGAGCCUUUUUAUACAAUUUUUUAUUUUGUGAUGAUUAUCCUUCCAGGCCUCCUAAAUGUUUAUUAGAAACAACUGGACAUGGAAAGGUUAGAUUCAAUCCCAAUCUUUAUAAUUGUGGAAAGGUAUGUCUAAGUUUAUUAGGUACUUGGGGAGAUAAUUGGAAAGCAAAUGAGUCAACGUUGUGGCAGAUCUUGGUUUCCAUUCAAGCAAUGGUUAUGUCUGAAUAUGUAUAUUUCAAUGAGCCAGGUUGGGAAAGCAGUAUGGGAACAGUAGAUGGUGAGAAGAAUAACAGAGGUUAUUGCAAUAUUGUUAAAUUGGCUAACAUUAGAUAUGCAAUGAUAGAAUAAUUGUAGAAACCACCAGCAGGUUUUGAAGAGGUUAUUUAAAAGAGUUUUUAUUUGAGAAAAGAUGUUAUCAUUAAAGAAGUAUAAUAAUGGAUAGAUGAAGCUGAUUUGCCAGUCAGUUAUCAUUGUACUUAGAAUCAUAAUAUCUCUGCUCCAUUCUAAUAAUAGCCAUAGAAAUUCAAGAGCAUUUUAACAGCAGAAUUUGAAGCAUUAAAAAAAGAACUUGAGAAAUUGAAAGUUUGCAUAACUCAUUAAUCAGAUAAAAAGAUAUUAUCGAUAAUUCAAAGACAAUCAUAUACUCAGAUACAAUAGGAGAAAAAGAAAUAACAUUAUAGGAAGAAGGAAGAAAUAAGCGAAUUUUUAUAAAGUCAAUUACCAGAGAUAGAUGUAAGUGAGAGUAAUGUUAGCAACAGAUAAUUUGAUAUUUAAAAUGCAGAAGUUCAAAAUUUGAUGUCCAGAUAUAUAGGUGUCAUGGGUCUAGAUUCUGUAAGUAAAUAAUCAUAAGCGAGUGUAAUCAUUUAUGGAUUGGGAGCAUUAGGUAUUGAAACAGCCAAGAAUCUUGUGUUAUCAGGUCUGAAAAGACUGACCAUAGUAGAAGACAAGAAACUCAAUAAUUUAGGAUAAUUUUUUGUAUAAAAUGAAGAGUCAAGCAGAUUAGAACAGAGUUUACUACAUUUAUAAGGGUUAAAUCCUUAUGUUUAGAUUGACUAUUCUACUGAUAUAAUAUCUUCUAUUAAGAGUUUGAAUUAUUAAGUGGUAUGUUUGUGCGAAGUGGAUUCACUUGAAAUUGUCAAUACAAUAUCAGCAAUCUGUAGAGAAUACAAAAUUGGUAUGAUUGUAUCAUAGUUGGUCUCUGUUUAUGGAAGGAUUAUGAUUGAUUUGGGAGAUCAAUUUACAGUGAAUGAUGCAGAUGGAGAAUAAGUUUAGGAAUUCAUUAUUGAAAAUAUUGAUUAAGAUCAAGGUAUUAUAGAGAUUAAAGGGAAGCACAAUUUGAGUCCAAAUGAUGUCAUUGAACUCAAAGAAAUCAUAUAAGAGGAUGGCAAAUCACUCAAUAAUUAAUAAUUAACUGUUGUAAAAGUAAUCAAUAAAUCAACCAUUAAUGUGGGAGAUUUGAGUUAGUUUGGUAAGUAUUUGAGAAAUGGAAGAGGAUAGACAAUUAAAUAAAAGAUUGUUCUUUAAAAUAAACAGAUGAGUGCAAUUAUGACUGAUCCCAUAUUUGAUCCAAACUUUAUUUUGGAUGAAUAGAAGUACACAGUAAUUAAUGAGCAAAUGAAUCGAUUUUCUAAUUAAAGUGGAGAAAUCAAUGAAUUGUUCUAAAAGACUGGCAAUCAAAUAUUCCCUCCAUAGGCUGCUUACUUAGGUGGAAUAGUAUGUUAAGAAAUCAUCAAAGCAAUUACUCAUAAGUAUAUGCCAAUAAGAUAAUGCUAUUUCCAUACAUGCGAAGAAUUGUUAGAUGGUAAUCUAAUAUUGGGAAAGGAAUUAUAAUAGGCAAUCGAAAAGUGCAAAUUACUUUUGAUUGGAGCUGGUGCAAUAGGAUGCGAAUUGCUUAAGAAUUAUGCAAUGAUAGGAUUAGGUAUUAAUGGGAAUAUCAUUGUCACUGAUCCUGAUGUGAUAGAGAAAUCUAAUCUUAGUAGAUAGUUUCUAUUUAGAGAAAAGCAUCUUAGACAACCAAAAUCAUAUACUGCUGCCAGAGCAUGUCUGAAGAUGAAUCCUUAAAUGAAGAUUGUUGCUAGACUCGAUAAAAUCUCUCCAUAAACCGAGCGUUUAUAUACUAAUGUAUUUUAAUAUGUGGAUGUGAUAACCAAUGCACUUGACAAUGUGUAAGCAAGAUUAUACGUUGAUUCACAAUGCAUUGAACAUAUGAAACCCCUACUUGAGAGUGGAACUUUGGGACCAAAGGGACAUGUCCAAGUCAUAUUACCCAAACUAACUGAAAGUUAUGGUAGUAAACAGGAUCCAGAAGAAAAUAAUGAAAUACCUUAUUGCACUCUCAAAAUGUUUCCUGAAGAUAGUAAUCACUGUUUAGAAUGGGCAAGAGAUAAAUUUGAAAAACUAUUCACUACUAAACUAUAAUAAAUUAGACAAACCUUUUUAUUCAAGGAUUUCACCAUUGAAGGAUUAGAGACUACUCUUAAAUUCUGUAAGAAUAUGCCUAAAAAGUUUGAGGAUUGCAUUUAAUAUGCUCUUAAUAAAUUCUAUAAGUACUUUGUCUAUGGAAUCAUGGACCUCUUGAAAGCAUAUCCAUUGGAUCAUAUUGUUAAUGGAAAAUUGUUCUGGUCAUCUCCCAAAAGACCUCCAUAGAUAUUUGAAUUUAAAGGAGAAGAAAUGUAAAUCAAAUUUAUUCAAUCUGUCUCUUACUUAUAUGCUGCAGCUUUGGGCAUUGAAAUUCCUUAACAAUUUGAUUUCGAACAAACGCUCAAGAAUAUCAAACCUAAAGAAUACAAAGAAAACAAAGAAAAGUUAUAGUAGAUACAAGAUUAAGUAUAAAAGGAUGCAUAAGCCAAGGCUCAAGAAGAAGGUAAUCAGGACACUUAGUAGUAAAGUCAAUAGGAAUUAAUCAAUUAAAUAGUGGAAUAUUUUAAGGACUAUUACGAAGUGACUGAAUCAACUCCUAAAUUACUAAAGCCUUUAGACUUUUUACCAUAGCCUAUACAAUUUGAGAAGGAUGAAGAUGACAACCAUCAUGUUGAAUUUAUAUAAGCUGCCUUGAAUUGCAGAGCUUAAAAUUAUGGAUUAGAACCUUUGGAUUGGCUGACCACGAAGUUGAAGGCAGGAAGAAUUGUUCCUGCAAUGGCUACAACAAGUGCUUGCAUAGCAGGUUUAUAAACUAUCGAAUUGGUGAAAGUAAUCAAAAAGUUGAUGAUUGAUGAGAACCUAAAAUUAGAGACGUUUAAGAAUAUGUUCUUAAAUUUAGCUAUUCCAUAUGCACUUCAAUCAGAACCUGGAGAAUGUCAAUAUGAAUAAAUAAAUGGAAAAAAUUUCUCAUUCUGGUCCAGGUGGGAUGUAAACUUUAGUUCUCAGGUCAAUAAUUUGGAAAGGUUUAUAAAUUACGCUGAACAAGUGUUUGGUGAGAAAGUCACUUGCAUCAAAUAGAAAGCUAAGUUGCUCUAUUCUCCAAUUAUGUUCAAUAGUAAGGAAGAGGAAUAAAACUUAUUACAAACACCAAUCUAUUUACUUUUUGAAAUUUAAGACUUUGAAGAAUAUGUAGAGUUAGAUAUAACAUUUUAGAAAAGGAUAAAAUGCAGAUUUUAUUAUUGA